CCGAUGGUGAAGGAUAUUGAAUUCGGGAAAACUUGUAUCGCAGGAAAAAACUGUUUCACUGUGAACUUGUGAUGCAGAGAAUGGAGCGCAGAACGAAUUGUCUCGUCACACCUGCAAGACCUUGACUCUUUAACGGUGUUUUCCCUUUCGAAGCGCGCAUGGCAAAUUUUCUGUGUCAUGUGUAGCAAACUUGUGAUGCAAAUCUUGCAAAGUCAUCACAGCGAAACAGUUUUUUCGUAGGAUAACUUGUGCGCACGAUUUGGCGCUAAGCGGAAUUCUGCCCUUCCACACCGAUGCCUGGUAUAAAGUAUGCAGCGUAUGGAUCAAAUCAUAAAGGAAAGAGCAAGAGGAUUUUCGCAUUGUAUUACUUCGUGGGAUUUCGAUUUUGCGGAGCACGUGGCCGUCGCCCGAGCUUUCCGUGCUGCUGUAAAGCAUUUGCUAUUUUAGCGUUGUACGAGCAGCAGAAAUGAAAUCAGGGUGAUAUUUUUAAAUCGGUUCGGAAAAUGAAAUAGAAAUACACCUACUUUUUUAGGCACGCUGUCCGCCUCCAGUCGCUGAAGAAACGGGGUGCAGAUUUGCGCACCUGCCGCGAUUUGUACGGACGGACGCCUUAUCAAUUGCAAAAAUGUCUGGGUCUGCAAGAUUGCAACUUGUCAUGCUAAAUCGAAAUCGUGCAAAAAUCUGUGUUGCAUGAUUACCAAAAGAGGGCCACUUUUGAACAAGUUCAGAGGCAGUUUGUCAUGCAGAAUAGGCAUGAAAGAGUUCUCACAGACUCUGUCAUGCUAGGUCCCGCAUUCCAGACCUCGAGGGUUAUGGAAAACCUGCAUGACAAGUUCACACUCUUCCAGACCCAGACAUUUUUGCAUUUGAUACGCCUAUUCUGAUUGCCUUGGAAGAGUUCAACGUGGCGUUUCUCCGGGCCAUUCUGAAGGUGGAGCUAGGCGAGGAGUGGGGCAUGCGGAUUUUCCGGAAGAUGCCGCCUUACAAGGAUAUCGCAUAGAAAAAUAUAAACGGCGUCAGUGUACUUGUACGUAGUAGCUUUGUGAUGCAGACGAGGAUCUGAGACAGUUUCAAGUGCAUUUUUUGUGAGCUGCACGGUGCUGCUCCUGCUGGAUCGAUAUGCAUCACUUCAAGCGGGUUCUUUCCACUUGCUACCUACGCAUCGCAGGUGUUAGGUUUUUGUCAUGCAAAGGAAUAGCAGCCAAAAUCAAAAAGGUUACACUAACGCGGUUUCAUUUUUCCGCUUGAUAAAGAAGAAUGGCCGGCUGAUGAAAACUACGUUACAGAUCCAACAGCUGGUGAAACAAACGAUGCCGGUGAAGCUCGCAGAGUUUAAGCAGAAGCGGGAGGAAUUGGAAUUUUUGAUGAAGAAGUCCCCUCUGUAUCAAAAGGAAAAAUCCCCCCUCGCCAUAUCAAAACGAAGCCUCUAAUGCUGGAUUUGCUUACACAAAUCAGAUUUGUCUUGCUGGAGAGGACUGCAGGCCUAUAGUAAGCCUGAGUAGGGAGAUUUGGGACUAGGCGUUAAGCAUGGCAAACGUCUAGUCUGUAGGGCCAACAGCAUCACAAGCCGCCUGGUGAAUGCGGCGGACGACCGGCGGCGUUGCGUUCUUGCAAGACAGAGACGACUUGUGGCAACAAAUCAGCAUUGCAAAUUUUUUGAGACGUACCUUUUCGAUAUGGGGGGAGGGAUUUUUGUUUUUCCUUGCGAUACUCUGUUCGCCGAAAACGCCGGGCUCGGAAGUGGGGAACUGAACAACGACACGGGAGACGGCGCGGGAAACAACGCGGCUACAACUGGUGCCUCGCCGCUCGACAGCAACAAAGAUCGCAAGAAAACGCGCCGCGGUAUUCCGUAUAGACACGUCCCCACCUCCACAGACUUGUCAUGCAGAUUUGCGAUCACAGGAACAUUUGUAAUGCGCAUCCCCAAGAUAAAGAGGCAUUUCCAAUAGUGUUUUGGCAUUUGUAAUGCUGCAAACAGGAUAAGCAGACCAGAUGGAUUUGUGCUGCGGUUAUCCUUGCUAAAAACCUGGACCACACUACGGACUGCAACUUGUUAUGCGUGGCUCCCAAAAGUAGAACUUCUGGAUUUGUUUUGCUAGUAAGUUCCCAACUUGAAGACAACUACGAGGUGGGGACGGUUUUACUUGUCAUGCGCGGGACGGUGGCCCUACCCUCGGCGGGGGGCCUGUUGGGGGGUACUAGUCCGGUGGUGGAAAAGAGGACGGAUGUAUCGCAAGAAAAAACUGUUUCACUGUGAACUUGUGAUGCAUAGAAUGGAACACAGAACUAUUUGUCUUGCUACACCUGCAAGGCAUUGGAUUUUUAAGCGUGUUUUCCCUUGGAAAGCGCGCAUGGCAAAUUUUCUGUGGCAUGUGUAGCAAACUUGUAAUGCGGAUCUUGCAAAACCAUCACAGUGAAACAGUUUUUUCGUGGGAUAGGACGCACAGCAACUGUAUUUGGACGAGUUGCGGGUGUACAUGCUGGAGUUGAUGCCGAAACUUUUUCCAAGGAGCAUCACACUAGGUAUCAAAUGUAAAAAUGUCUGGGUCUGGAAACUUGUGAUGCUGGGUGGCGUGUCAUGAUGAGGCUAGAAAUGCUGGCUCAGCAUGACGAGUUUCUGAGCUCCUAGGUGAAGCCUAUUCUGCAUGACAAACUGCGCUUCUGCAUCACAGAAAAACGGAGCUCUAUGGGUAACGUGCACGACAGAUUUAAGAGUCAUGCCAGACAAGCAUGACAAACAUGAAUUCUUCCAGACCCAGACAUUUUUACAAUUGAUACUAGGUAAGAAGUGAUUAUCCACGCCGCUUUUCUUCCAUUUUUUGUGUUUGUCAUGCAGAUCCACGAGUAGAAUAUGGGUUUGGGUACUACCAUGACUAUGCGCUCGGUCUUUUAUUACCACGCAGUAAAACCACCAGAUUCAGAUUCACUUUCACAACCAAGCAUAAUGAAUUACCAGGCGGCUCGUCGUCCCUGCUCACCUUCGGUCCGUAUCACAUGCAAAUAUGUCUGGGUCUGGAAAUUCAAAUUUGUGAUGCUCAACUAUUUGGAUAAGACUGACGCUCUCAAGUGCAGCCAAGCAUGACAAAUGUACUUGACGCCGUCUGAUGCGUAGCACGCAUUACAAACUGCGUUUUUGCAGGACGAAAAAGUACUAGUGCCUCUCUUGCUGGCUUUGCAACGCAGAUUUUUCAGGAAUGCAAGACAUGCAACACAAGUUCCACUUUUCCAGACCCAGACAUACAUUUUUGCAAUGCAUAGCCCGUUGCACCGUGCGAUUUUGGAAUCCGACACGGAAUCUAUCCUCUGC